AUGGCCAUCUCUUGUUGCAGAGGACAAGGAGGAGGAGGUGGUGGUGCAGGAGGAGCAGCUGGUGGUGGUGCAGGGGGCGCGGCAGGUGGUGCUGUGGUGCCGGGGACACAGGAUGCCAUCCAGAUUGUGUCACAGGCUGCUCUCUGCUUUGACAAUAGACAGGUGAUAAAUGGGUGCCUCCAAGCAAUGGGCAUCAAUGUCAACGGCAGCGGCGCUAGCGGCAACGGCAACGGUGGCAGUAGCAACGGCAGUGGUGGCAGCGGCGGCAGAAGCAACGGCAACAGCGGGUCAACGGCGAUCAUGUGCCAAGGGCCGUGCUUCGGGCAGAUGAUGCUGAUGAUGACCUGCGUGAACGGCAUCCUAGGCAACAUCCAGGGCUACAGCCCUGGCCUCAUGCAGGGCGUCCAGGCCGUCUUCCAGAUGUCCUGCGGCAACGUUGGCAACAGCCAACAGGGUGGCGGUGGUGGUGGAGGUGCCGCCGGUGCCACUGGUGUCGGAGGUGCCGGGAGUGCCGGUGGAGCUGGUGGAGAAGGUACCAGCGGUGCCAGUGGUGGUGUCGCUGGCGGCGCCGGCAAUGCCGUUGGUGCUAGCGGGGGCAGCAAUACGGCCAACAGUGCCAAUACUGCUGGUGGUUCUACGAAUCCUAACGGAGGCUCACACACGGCGGCAAAGAAGCCAUGGAAUUGUUCGAGAGAGCGUGCCAUUGCUUCGAUGACCCCAAUCAAAUGCGUGAGCAUAUAUGUUCAUGUAUGGCACACACCAAUGAGUGCGCAGAUCUACAGCCAUUGCACGGAGGAGUUCAGGAUGAACGUGGAGGGCGCGUUCCACGUGCAGCGGAACGAGGUGGACGAGUACUGCGGCGGGCCGUGCCUGGAGGAGACGCAGCUGGCGCUGCAGUGCGUGGAGGAGGUGGCCGCCCAGAGCUUCAAGUUCUCCAACGGCGCGUCGGUGCUGGCGGUGAAGCAGGCGCUCGGAACGGGAUGCAGCUACGGCCCCGACAGAGGAACCUUUGAGAUCAGGGAGCGCAAAGAAUGCGUCGGCGGCGCCGACGAGUCCUACUACCACAAGUCUCGCGACCACGAGCAGGAGAAGCCAGUCGGCGGCCGGUACUACGGCGAGGGCAACCAGCAGCCGUAUGAUGAGCAGGGCGCCGGAUAUGGCGAGGGCGAGGAGUACUGCUACGGGUACGGGGCCGCUGGCAGGCUAGGAGAGCGCCGCGGCUACCUGCAGAUGAUGAUCCUACUGCUCGUUGCCUCUGCACCACUGAUCCUCACGCUCUAA